UCUUCCUUCAAGGACGUUCAUUCUUCAUAGUUUUCUCAUAGGAUCAUUUUUGCAUCAGAAAGAUGGAAGGAGAGAAAGGAAUGGUGUGCGUGACAGGUGGUACCGAAUAUACAGGAUCAUGGCUGAUAAUGAGACUUCUUGAUCAUGGUUACUCAGUCAGAACUAUUGUCAAAUCUAACCCAGAGCAUAAGAAAGACCUUAGCUUCCUCACAAGUCUACCAGGAGCAACAGAAAGGCUCAAAAUCUUCGACGCGGAUCUAAGCAAUCCCGAAAGUUUGAAAGCAGCGAUCGAAGGGUGCAUUGGGGUCUUCCUUGUUGCCACUCCAAUUGAUAUCGGGAACCAAGAAACAGAGGAAGUGGUGAUCAAAAGAUCAAUAGAUGGAGCAAUCGGGAUCGUACAAGCAUGCUUAGAUUCGAAAACGGUGAAAAAAGUCAUGUAUACUUCUAGUUCCGCUGCUGUGCUGUUCAAUGGCAAGGGCUUGGAUGAAAUGGACGAGACAUUUUGGACUGACAUAGACUAUGUCAAAUCUCUCAAGUCAAAUGCAGCUUCCUACCUGAUCUCGAAGACCUUAACCGAAAAGGCGGUCCUUGAAUUUUCGGAAAAACAUGGUUUGGAAGUUGCCACAUUGGUUCUUUGUUUUAUUUCUGGCCCUUUCAUUUUACCUGAGGUCCCUCGUUCUGUUCAGUCCGUAUUUGAAAUGGUCUUUGGCGACAAGAGCAAACCUAAUUCUCUUACCCGUUUAGAUUUGGUGCAUGUGGAUGAUGUUGCUAGAGCUCUCAUUUUCCUAUUUGAAAAUCCCGAGGCGAAAGGGCGGUAUAAUUGCUCAGCAGAUACUAUCUCCGUCGAAAGUACAGCCAAGUUGUUUUCUACCAAAUACUCAGAACUUCGGUUACCUAGUAAAAGUUCACUAGUGAAAAUGGAAGUGAAUUGGCCUUCUCUCUCGACAAAGAAGCUACUAGAUUCAGGUUUCCAAUUCAAGUACGGAGUCGAAGAAAUAUUUAACGAUGCAAUAGAAUGCUGUAAAGAAAAGGGGUACCUAUAAUGUGUUUUAAUUUCUUUUAAGCCUGUUGGGUUUAUUUGCUCUUCUUACCGUCAAUAUGUACUUCUCAUGUUGAUCGAAUUAAAGCUCUAAAACCAUAUGGAGUUUUUUGUGUGGUUUUCAAGACGUUUAUAUAUUGAAAACGCAGCCGUUGAAUUUUCAGAGAGAAAGGGAUUAUAUAGAGCCUAUAUUUUCUUU